UUUUUGAAUAGCGAUUUGAUGAGAGAGAGAAUGACAAUGUCAUCAUAGACACAUAACGUGUGUGGGAUUGGUUGUGAACUCUUUUAUACGUCUACUAUCCUCCUAUAAAGAUAAAUGUAGCACUGUCAGUUUGUGGCAUAGGUGUAUACAAUUAUACAGAUACAGUUAGAAGUAUAAAAGCAUUCAGGUAACACAGGAAAAGUGCGAGUUGGUUAACUGACCGCGACGAUAUGACCAAAAUACUGCUUACGACGGUGCAAUAUGCUAUACUUCACAUGUCAUUUUGGCAAAUGUGUUACCAGUUGAAGCUCUGACGUGUUUAACAUGCGACAACGUUGAGCAACCACGCCAUUGCACAACAGUCAUGACCUGUCCGGAUAAUGACGUUUGCUUCGUUGAAAGAAAGAUUAAUUCGUUUGGAGAAGAAGGCUAUGCCCUUGGAUGUAUGAGAGAUAAUGUGUGCAGAAACAUUACCUCAACUUCUUCGACGAGUCAGUGCUCUCAAUGUUGUAAUAAAGACCUAUGUAACCACGAGGGUUGUGGCAAACCAGGCUAUCCUGAUUCUCGUGGACCCGUAUGUUACAACUGUAUAGAAGCGGUAUCCGACGGCAGGUGUCACCACAUCGACUUAUGUCGACGCGGCGAGGUGUGUAGUGUCUCUGGUAAAGGCAUGUUUGGAACAACAGUUUUUGCAUCGAAAUGCUUGCUUCAAGAGAUUUGUGGAACGCGUCAGAUUCCUAACCUAGACAUUAUAGGAAAGCGGGGUUACAAAACGAGCUCAAAUUCCCGAUCAUUUGACGUUCACGACUGCUUUCAGUGCUGUUCUGGGGACCUUUGUAACAAGAACUGCCAUAACAGCGUUGACGGUCAAUGGGGAGAUUGGAAUCCAUGGUCAGCAUGUACAAAUUGUAACCAGACAAGAAAUCGCCAGUGCAACAACCCUCCGCCGGAAUAUGGCGGAAAAACCUGUGUUGGAAAUUCACAACAAACUCAGGAAUGCGGAAUGUGUCCUGGUAACAUUACUAUAAAGUUGGACGGUCAAUGGGGAGAAUGGAUUCCAUCGUCAGCAUGUACAAAAUGUAACCAAACAAUGAGUCGACAGUGCAACAGCCCUGCACCAGAACGUGGCGGAAAGGGCUGUAUUGGAAAUCCAUCACAAACUCAGGAAUGCGGAGUUUGUCUUGCAAAAGAUUGUUCUGAUCUGCAAAGAAUUGACUCCACCCUGCAUAGUGGUGUGUACACCAUCACGACUCCACUAAGUCACACCAAGGUACAAGUGUUCUGUGACAUGGAGACCGAUGGAGGAGGAUGGACGAUAUUUCAAAGACGUUUCAACGGAAGUGUUGAUUUUUACAGAAACUUUAGUGACUAUGAAAAUGAAUUCGGCCAUGCGGCUGGUGAAUAUUGGCUAGGACUUAAAUACAUCUACGAGAUAACAUCUCAUAGAUCCCUUCAACUUCGCGUGAAUAUAUCACGCUACGACGGAAGAACAGGUUAUGAUGUCUACGGCAAUUUCAGUUUGCGACAAGGAACCAACUAUACAUUAAAUCUUGGGGAACGUUUAAUGUCGCAAGGCGUGGAUACCCGUUACACAUUCCUCAUAAACGGCGCGGUUGGAAGGGAUUUCAGUACGUAUGAUCAUGAUGUCGACCUAUACCCGGAAGCAAAUUGUGCGGCAAUCGUCAAAGGUGGCUGGUGGUAUAGUGCGUGUUUCUACUACAUGAACCUUAAUGGUUUGUAUUCACCUGAAACAGAUGACCAGACUACUAUGAGUUAUGACAGUAACGUGGGACUCGAAUCAAGCACGAUUAUGUUUAAAGAUAUGGUCAAGAAAUAAUAAUCUGGGUGAAAGAAUCAGUGGAUUUAAAUGUUAGAAAAGAUAGGCUGUAAACAUUAAAAUACUUGAUUUAUUGCCAACCUUGUUACUUGUAGUUUUAAUUAAAAGAAAAUCUAAUAAAACACGCAUUGAA